CACCUGGACAGACACACAGACGAAGACAGUCAGGUACGAGCUGGUGCGAGGACCGAGGAGAGAGACGGACAGCACCAACGCAGAGAGAGACGCCGAGUGCAGGGAGCUGACAAAAUGGCCAUGACAGAUCUGUUGAAAGCCGAAGACAUCAAGAAAGCUCUGGACGCCUGUGCAGGAGCAGAUACGUUCAACCCCAAGAAGUUCUUUGAAAUGUUGGGGAUGAAGUCCAUGUCAGCUGAAAAUGUUAAGAAGGUCUUCCACAUUUUGGAUGUAGAUGGUAGUGGAUUCAUAGAGGAAGAGGAGCUCAAAUUUGUCCUGAAAGGCUUUUCCAAGGAGGGAAGGAAUCUGACUGACAAGGAGACAAAUGAAUUCCUCAAAGCAGCAGACCAAGAUGGAGACGGCAAAAUCGGCAUUGACGAGUUUGAAGCUUUGGUGUAUAACUAGGGGACAACCAAACAUCACCCGCACUCCUCCUCCUCCUCCCUGCAUUCAUAUUUGGUAAUGCCACCUACAAACUCCUCUCGCUUCCCUCGGGACACCACACGUGGAGUUGAAGGUCUGCUCGCUACACCAUUCGACCAGAAUAGGCCAGCGGGGAAUAACGGCGAGGAGGAACACACAGGCUUGACUGGCAUGGUGUCGUUUUUAAUUUUAAUUUAUUUAAUUAUUAUUAAUUCAUUAGUAUAUAUAUCUAUACAUAUAUAUAUAUAAGCACACACAUGCUGUUGGUUUUUCAGAAUCAGUCUUAACGAGGGUCGGUUACAAGUUCCGAUCUCCAAACAGGUAGUACGAGUGCUGCUGUCGAGGGUGUAGAUGUUAAAACACCAAAUUCUCUGUUCCUCUGUAUAUUAGCAUUUUGUCUGAUUUGUACGUUAUUUCUGGAUGUUCACACAUCUGUGCGCUCUACACCCGCUCCUCUUCCUCAUCCACCUCCUCUCUCCCUCCCUUCCUCUGUUCAGGUGAUGUAGUGAGAAAAACUAUCGGGAAAAAAAUAACACGAGAGCUGUGAAGACAGAAAUGAUCUGUAUAGGAAAUAACAAUAAAAAACUUGGUUAAUGUC